GAAGCCAUGGCGGAGCAUGGGGCUCAUCUCACCGCUGCUUCAGCCAGCGAUGACAGGCCUUCCAUCUUUGAAGUGGUGGCCCAGGACAGCUUGAUGUCAGCAGUGAGACCUGCACUUCAGCAUGUGGUCAAGGUGCUUGCUGAAUCCAAUCCCGGCCGCUAUGGCUUCCUCUGGCGUUGGUUUGAUGAGAUCUACACCCUCCUGGAUCUGUUGCUCCAGCAGCAUUUUCUGUCCAGGUGUAGCGCCUCUUUUUCAGAAAACUUCUAUGGCCUAAAGAGGAUAGCGGUGGGAGACAGCAAGGGGCUGCAUCAGCUAGCCAGUGCUGGGCUGCCAAAGAAGCAACACUGGAAGUCUCUCCUCUUGUUGGUUCUCGUUCCUUAUCUGAAAACAAAGUUGGAUAAACUAGUCUCUAGUCUGAGGGAAGAGGACGAAUAUUCCAUCCAUCCUCCAUCAUCCUCCUGGAAGCGCUUUUACAGGGCCUUUUUAGCAGCCUAUCCCUUUGUAAACAUGGCCUGGGAGGGCUGGUUUCUCAGCCAGCAGCUGUGCUAUAUCCUUGGUAAGGCUCAGCAUCAUUCCCCACUGCUGGGCCUGGCUGGUGUACACCUGGUUAGGCUGACAGCAGAGGACAUCCAGGCAUUGGAGCAGAAACUAGCAGUAGCUACUGCAAGUCAGCAGCCAGCUCACAGCAUUAAAGAGCAAGUGCAAUCAGCAGUGAAAAAAGCAUUGGGAGGUGUUGCCUUAUCCCUGUCCACCAGCCUCUCCGUGGGCGUGUUCUUCCUGCAGUUCCUGGACUGGUGGUACUCAUCGGAGAACCAGGAGACCAUCAAAUCAUUGACUGCGUUGCCUACUCCUCCGCCACCCGUACACCUGGACUACGGCACAGGCUCACCUCUCUUACCAAAACUGAAGACGGUGUGCCCGUUGUGCCGCAAAAUCCGAGCCAACGACACAGUCCUCUCCACAUCCGGCUUUGUGUUUUGUUAUCGCUGUGUCUACACUUAUGUAAAGAGUCAUCAAAGGUGCCCUAUCACCGGCUAUGCAACAGAGCUGCAGCACCUUGUUAAGCUGUACUCCCCUGAAAGCUGAAGGGAGUGCACGGCGCUGACGCUUACAAAGCAGAUAAAUAAUUGGUUUAGGCACUAUAUACUCUAGGUUCUUGUACGUGGAACACAACUUUUGUGCCAGCCGGACUGCGUAUAACAUUACUAGGGCACUAAAAGGUACAGUGACCGUUUACUAGCAGAGUAAUCAGGCUUUAAGGCACAUUUGGACACUAAGUGCAGCAGCACUAGGGUUUUUGUUGCCUUAAAUGCUGCUCUAUCCAAUUCUGAGAUGCCAGGGCUAGGUUGACAGACUCUCAACCAGAAGGCUCUGGUAUUGACCGCUGUCAAAGGCAGAUACAGGCCUAAAUAAACCACUGAUCAGCUCCA